AUUCGCGCCUCCCUCUCUGUUCCUCGACGUCGCAGUGCAGUGCGUGCUUCUAGUGCCGAGCCCGGCAUCUUUUAUAACCUUCCAAUCCCCCCAUCCCCUCCAUCCUCCUGAUUUCCGUCCUUUCCAAAUAUCUACAUUCGAUCUUCCAGCUUCCCCGGAACUUGAUUCCUCCACCAACUCGUAUUCACUUCCGAGAUCUCAAUCGAAGGAUAAUUUCAUUCAGUACCAGCCCGACAACAACAAUAACAAACAUCACCACCUGAACGAUAUACCCGUUCACACACAACGAAACACCAUUAUCUCGACGACACUGGAGUUACUCCACCACCACAGCCAACCUCAAUAACAGUUACUUUGUUGAGAGUUGGGUCUUCCAGACGUCUAUCACAUGCAACGAGCACAGUCGGCCGUGGAUUUUUCCAAUCUACUUAACCCCACAGUUCCGGCUGAUAAGGAAUCCGAGAAACCCCAACAGGGCGACGUCGAGAUGGCUACAGCAGCAGUGACCGUUAUCAAACCCAAUGGCCCCCUUCCGGGUGUCCAGAACUCGGAGAACUCAAAUGAGUUGCCCCGGCCUUACAAGUGCCCUCUCUGCGAUAAGGCCUUCCACCGCCUCGAGCAUCAGACUCGACACAUCCGCACUCACACUGGAGAGAAGCCUCACGCCUGCCAGUUUCCCGGCUGUAGCAAGAAGUUCUCUCGAUCUGAUGAGCUCACACGCCACUCUCGCAUUCACAACAACCCUAACUCAAGGCGAGGUAACAAGGCGGCUCAAGCACACCAGCAGCAGCAGCACCAAAUGCACCAGCAGCAGGGCCUUCCGCCUCAUAUGAUGCCCGAUGGAAUGAUGGCGCCGCCUCCCGCGCCCAAGACCAUCCGAUCUGCCCCUGGCUCUGCACUGGCUUCACCCAAUGUGUCUCCUCCUCACUCAUACUCUACCUUUGCUCUGCCCGUUUCUGCGGUUCACUACAAUCGCGGCGGUGACAUUUCCAUGCUGGCCAAGGCUGCUACUCAGGUUGAGCGUGAGACUCUGACUGCUCCUCCUCACCAUAGCAACAACCACCGUCAUCAUCCUUACUUUGGUCACGGAAUGCAUAGCUCUCGAGGCCACUUGCCUACGCUCUCUUCCUAUCACAUGGGCCGCUCUCAUUCAAAUGAGGACCCCAGCGAUGACCACUACUCUGGCGCCAUGCGACAUGCUAAGCGAUCAAGGCCCAACUCCCCCAACUCUACAGCUCCCUCUUCGCCAACAUUUUCUCACGACUCUCUGUCACCCACUCCCGACCACACCCCUAUCGCCACUCCUGCUCACUCUCCUCGUCUGCGACCUUUCUCUACUGGUUAUGAGCUGCCAAGUCUCCGAAAUUUGUCUCUCCAGCACAAUACGACGCCUGCUCUGGCCCCUAUGGAGCCUCAUCUCGAGCAGAAUCAGUUCCAGCAGGGAUCUGCCCCCACUACCCAGCCUCGCCCUACUGGGAUGUCUUUGACAGACAUCAUCAGCCGGCCCGAUGGAUCUCAGCGAAAACUUCCUGUUCCUCAGGUCCCCAAGGUGGCUGUCCAGGAUCUACUUUCUGAUAAUGGCUUCAGCCACAGCGGCAGAAGCUCAGGAACCAGCAGUUUGGCCGGUGGCGAUCUCAUGGAUCGAAUGUAGGACACGACAUGGCAUCGCAACUCGCACGACUUGAUGACGACUAUGGGUUAUAGAGGAAUAGAAAGGAAUGGCGUUUAUGGUUUACAACAUGGCAUUCGAAUUACAUCAUCUCAAGGAUUGAGCACUCGGCGAGGAUUUGGGCGGCAUUUGUGAAAUGAAAGAAAGCAUUUUUUGUUCAAGGGCGGGUGGACUACGGUAACAACACCGAGUCCGGCCCAUGUUUGGGAGGCGGCGGAAACUAGAAUUCGAAUUGCGGAGCACUUGGAUUUUUUACCCUCGGGCUUGCCUCGGGGGACGUCGGAGGCUAUCACUGCCCCGUCAGAAAAGCAGUUCUAUUUGAUAUCCACGGAUUGUGUUCUCUUACUUCUUGUUAUGAAAGAAACUUCACUCCUGUUACAAUUUCAAUCAAAAAUAUCAUGUCAAAUGUUUAAUGUUCAUGUCUCCUUAUUUUUUAUUCUUUGGAUGUGCGGGAUCACUCUACUCUGAAGAGGGCCUUGAUGGGACUUGAUAAUGGGUCGACUAGGGUCUGGCACACUCGGGUAAGCCUCAGCUCAGCUUUGUCAAGCCUGCGCUGGAGGCUAACAUUACUGGGUUGCCAGUGGCUCUUUGGAAGACUACGUAACUAAUACUUGUAUGAUUCACGGCGAUAGAUAGAUACCUAGACCAAAAAAUGCAGCGAUGUUAUUCAACAAAAACCCACAGUUGCAAUGCUCACAGAGUUUAUUAACCCCCUCCACUUGGAAACGAAGUAACCUGGCUGAUCUGGAAUGCCAGCGAUGAACUCACCGUGUCGUAAACCUGCUGGCCUGAUGGCUGAUGUCAGGAUCAUCGCGUGUAACAGAUGGCCAUUGCAACUUAUGGAGGGGUGGCUAUCCAUUAGGGACUUCGCAGGUUCAAUGCUGAAUAACUUACGUCGCGACAUCCUUGGAUGACGCUAUCUCCGUUGCAGAAGGUUUAACCACGAUCGAGGAGGGGGAUCUAGAGACAGAAACAAACCUCCCCAGAGCGGAACCGCAGAAUCGGAAGGGCCAAUAUUACCUAUUUUUCCCUCUAUCCCUCUCUCUGUCUGAAGGGGGGGGGUUAUUUACCAAGCAGGGCAAGGUUUGGUUUAGAAUUUGGCUUGUCUUGGGGGCCAAGCCCAGCCCAGCUCGGCGUUGGUACCCCUUUUUUAGAUAAACCAGAUCAGACAGAUCUAAGGAUGCCGUCAUAUGACGGGGAGUUUGACGACAGAUGUUGACGGGGUAAGCAUGUCUGGAAGAGUUUAUCUCUGUCCGGGUAUUCGGAAGAGGAAUGCUCAGAUACAUCAUAGCAGAUGUUCCGAUACUGUCCUGAUAUUUUUUUCUCUUUCGGACACAUCCUCAAGGUCUAUGCAUAUUCGAUCAAAAUGGCUGACGGGCAGAACUGCCACAAUCUGAUCUGCCGCAUCCCCACCAUGGAUAUGCACUAUCACACCACACCCCAUCCCAUCCAUACCUGGGUAUCCAACCCCAACCUAGCCUCUGUGUGUCAGCGCCCCCGAUGGUGAAAUUCUCAGAUGGUGGUGGUCAUUACAUGGGAAACAAGCAAAACUCCCAGGUGAUGUAGUGCUGUGCCGGUAUUGGUAGACGCACUCACUCUUACUGUUGUCUCUUUUCGCUUCUGUUAUCUACCCAUGCACAUCCACCAGAGAAUAAACCCUUUCGGCUUAUGAUAUGAGCCUCCCGGCUAUUCAUAUUUUCAGGGCGCAACAAGUGCCCCUCAGCGGCCGCGCCAGAUGAGGAGACCUUUCAGUUUCGGGGUGCAGGACCGCUGGGCUGAGAGUCUAUCAGAAAGAUUGAAGCCACAAAUGCCCUUGAUCAGUCUUUGUUGAUAAGGCGACGUAUAAGGUCCUCGACGAGUGAAUGGGGGCUUCUUGACCCUCCCCGUGGGGUGUGCGCGUGUUGGUGGUGACACCAAAAGCAAAAGGGUGAGAGGACAGAACAUUUCAACCUCGCCCAUCAGUGCGCAAGCAAGAAAUUGCGAUUCUGUCAAUGUACCGGGUGGCACGCCUCAACUUUGCAUCAAUUCAUCCAGCGCAUCACGUCAGCCCAUGAGGCUUCAAGCCUUCCAGGCACCCUCUUAGGGUUUCCCCUGAUAGAUACGGGUACACUGGUGACUGGCUCACACUGAUAAGUCAUACGUGGUCCUGAGACUGUUUCUGAGAGGUAGGACAACGGGCUUAGGAUACGCGUCCUCCAGAUACCAAGACUCUGUCUUUGCUCAGCCCGGCCAAACUCAGGGGUGCAGCUAUUUUGAUUUGGUACAGCAAAGGGACAAAGUAUCAUUGGAUGUCUGAUGCUUUUUUGCGCGCGUACUGUCGGUGUACAAAGGAUGGCGAAACUGUCUCUAAUUAAGCCUAAUAAUGUUCUGAGGAAAGCAUCCCCUUGUUCACGGUAAUUGUUGGGAAGAUUAAAAUUCAACAUGUGAAGUUCAAAAACAGCCAUUUGCUGGCUGGCCCAGGUGUCUCGGGCCGGGAUGGUCGGUGAAGGGGUCUUGCACCGGGCGAUACGCGCCAUGUACCACACAUACAAUGGCAGAUGCACACCAGUGAAGUGUCUGGCAAGUGGGGGAUUUUCUCAAUGUGGCCGUCUUUCGUGGGCUGAGUGGUUCAACAACCCCUGGCCACGAUAAGCACCAAGCUGAGGGAAACAGUCGGUUUGAUUAGAGCAGUCGACUCACGGCAACACAAGUCCGGCACAGAAAUGUAAGGCAAGUUCACCGCUACAAAUCAAGAACGAAUGAGAGCUGUGCCAGAAAUCGGAUGCAAGCGUGAAAUGGUGUGUAGCAGAAAGUGUGCGAACCAAGAAGAAACACCAAUUUUGACAAGUUUUCCGAAUCUGGGCUGGAGUCCAAGGAAGGAUUGCCAGUUGAAAUCCGGGGAUGGGUGGUGUGUGCGCUUCUCCCCCAAACUUUCGAGAUGCGGGUGUGUGCCAACUUUAGCUCUGGGCUUGUUUUCAAUGUACUGUUUUUGCUUCUUGGAGGGUGGUAUUCGCGGGGUCAGGCAGCCUGACCAAGUCCAGUGAAAACUGGGGUUGGAAUGGACGCUUUUGGCUGGCCGAUAGGCGAUGCCAACCUCACGUCGACGACGUCAAGUAACUGGCGAUCAUUUUUCACUUCUGCUUAAACAUCACUCCUGUUAUCGCUCCAGGCGGCUGGAAGGCGCAAGGCACACACACACGCGCGCGCACACACACACACACACACAUGCUCUGGUGAUCGCGAUUGCGGGCCGUUAUCAAGCGACGAUGAUGUCUUAUCUUGAGAAUCGACAACUUUCUGGGGCCCCGGGAAACGGACCCAAAUCAGGGCAAGACCAGAAGAUCAGUCUCAGCCAGAAUCUUGACUCAGGGGUUGCUGAUUCUCAUGCUGAAUCUGCUGGUCAUCAAGUCUAUGUAGCAGAAGCUUAGUUGAACAGGACAGGUAGCAUAACUUCUGUUGGACUUGUCCCACGCUCCAACAUGAAAGUAGUGGUGCCAGCGCCCAGCCAGUUCACCGUUCACACCUAGGGGCUUGAUAUCAGCUGGGCCAUGCAUGUGGCCAGUUGUAACUUGUAAGGGAUGGCGUCGUGAUUUGAACAACGUGAUCUCGAUUCUGAAUCGCAGGAUCGUUCAGUCAUGUCCGGGUCAUUGGAGCGGUAGAGCUCGUCCCGGGCCGGAGUUUGCGUGGGAUGGUCGUGUAACGCAUAAUUGCUUCUUUCAAAGCUCACAUGGACCAUCGCGGGUAUGGCGCUGAAGUUCCUGAAUGUGAGCUAAGCCGCCUAAACUCAAACCAGGAAUUUUGACCAUUACUUCUGAAGGGUCUGUUUGCGUUGUGCUCGUAAAAUGGCUGGCUGAUCAGAGACCUAUUGCCUAUUUUGUGGGUGGAGUUGAUUCUGAAUGGCAUCAGGAUCGUCCUUUGUGUUUCGUGCCUCUUUCUAAGGAUCUGCGUGUGAAAGGGAGCAUAUUAAGCCAUCAAUCACAAUGGGAUUGUUUACCUGGUUUGUUCGGAUGUUGUGGAAUGUACAUGUACUCCAUGUGUCAAGUUCAUUUGUUACUAUGUAACCUCCUUGCGUCUGGAUCGGGAUGAUGUUUAAGGAGAGAGUAUUCAUUGACACCCAAGCAGACGAUGCAGACCGUUCAACAGAGGAUACCCGGAUACCCAGUCAUAAAUCUACCAGGCAAGUGACAAGUUCAUUAGAAAGGAGCGACUGUUUGUCAGGACGGUUACCUUCCCAGCAUCGUAGUUCAUUAUACGAUGCGCCCACUUGAACGAUGUUAGUUCAUUGAAAUGGCAAGAACUGACGUCGACGUAGGGUUCCUAUUACCCGCGUCAUGUUGUCGAUCUUCUAUUUCAAUAUCUUCAUUGUUCGAGCAUUUCUUGAUUGACUUUGAGCCUGACUCGCAUUCUUUCAAUAUCUGUUGGUGAUGAUGCAGUUAAUAUGGAGAAGAGAACCCCUGGGGCCUCUACGUCAGUGGAUCUGUCUAUUUAUGUCAACCACAGACAGCGUACCAUCACCCUCAGAUACAGAUAGGUACAGACAGGAACUUGCUGCAACAACCCCAGCACAUGAUGCUUCCAGAAAAGCAAACCAACAAGGAAUCUCCGGGGAACUUAGAGAGCAUGGUUCCUGAAAUUUAGCCUGGCAAACAACGUCGAUCGACCAAAAUGCCUAUGACAAAGAAGCACCCCAGCGAUACACGACGUAUUCAGCGGAACUAUACGCUGACACUUCCAGCGACGGGCGCUCUACACCGGAUACACACGGCAUGUUUUUAAAGGCUGAGACAAGACGAG